AUGGCACCAAGAUAUCUUCCAACAAUUGUGCAAAGAAAGUGUAAAGAAUUUGUGAAUAGUUUUAUUGAGGAUCAUAUAACCGGUUUGCCACGAAAACUUACUCAUAACGAGGAGUGGAAAGAAUCUGGUCCUGAGCUUGCAAAUGUUACUGAGAAAAUUUUAGAUUCGUUAGACUUUACUAAUAAUGCGAUCGUAAACAUGUCCUUACUUUAUAGUGUGCUUCUAAAUAGUUCAAUGUCUACGGAAGAUAGCUCCACAUGGAAAAGAGUGGGUGGGCAACCACAGAAUGAUAAGGAAGCGAUACAAGAGGUGUUACCAGAGAUAUCAGCUGAUGAUGAUUCUCUAGUAGACCAGCCUACG